CCGCCGCCAAGAUGGAGGCUGGAUUCGGCCGCCGCCGGGAAGCGGCGCCUGAAGCCGGAGAUGGGGAGGGGCCGCAGCUCAGUCGGCCCACUUGAGGAAGCCGGCCUACGUCGCGGUCCGGAGGCAGAGGCGGGCGUGGCAGGAGAGGCCCAGAGGCCAUCGUGGGCACGGCAGUAGCUACCGUGGACGGGCAGUGGGGAGAGAGCUUGUUGAGGUGCAUGGCUCGGGGAAGCGGCAUGAAGACAACUCCCCACCCGCAGGUGCUGGGGAAGGCGCCCCUUGGGAUUGGCCUCCGCCACAGUGCCAAGCGGGACCGGAAGUCCAUCACCCUGCAUGUGAAGUUGGAGGUGCUUCGGAGGUUUGAGGAGGGUGAGAAGCUGACGCAGAUCGCCCGGGCCCUGGGACUGGCCACCUCCACGGUUGCCUCGAUCCGCGUGAACAAGGAUAAGAUCCGGGCCAAUUCCCAGGCAGCCACGCCCGUCAGCACCACCCAGCUGACCCGCUGCCGGGGUGUGCUGAUGGGCCGCAUGGAACGCCUCCUGAGCCUGUGGAUUGAGGAGCAGAAGCGGCAGAACCUGCCUGUCAGCACGCUGCUUAUCCAGGACAAGGCGCGCCGGCUCUUUGCCCAGCUGCAGCACGAGCAGGGCAGCGGCGCCCAGGCCGAGACGUUCGGGGCCAGCAAUGGCUGGUUUGCCCGUUUCAAGGUUCGCCACAACGUGCUGUUGACGGAUGAGCCGGCUGUGGCCGACGCCCAGGCUGCCGCACGCUACCCCGUGGUGCUGCGCGCCAUUGUGGAGGAGGGCUGCUACUCACCACGGCAGGUCUUCAACGUGGACGAGACGGGCCUGUUCUGGAAGCGGCUGCCUGAGCGCAUGCUUCUGGCACUGGAGGGGACAGCUGGGCCUGGGCCCAAGGCCUCUAAGGACCACCUGACCCUGCUGCUUGGUGGCAAUGCGGCUGGGGACUUCAAGCUGAAGCCCCUGCUGGUGUACCCCUCGGAGAACCCGCGUGCCCUCAGGGGCUGCUCCAAGGCCAGCCUGCCUGUGGUCUGGCGCUCCAACCGCAAUGAUUGGUUGACCCCUAGCAUCUUCCAGGAGUGGUUUACUGGCUGCUUCUGCCCAGCUGUGGAAAGCUACUGUGCUAGCCAUGGCCUCCCACACCGCGCCCUGCUGCUGCUGGACAGCGCACCCUGCCACCCUGUCCACUUGGGUGGCCUCUCAGCCCAUGUGCGUGUUGAGUUCCUGCCCAAGAACACGUCAGCCCUGAUCCAGCCCAUGAACCAGGGUGUCAUCGCCGCCUUCAAGGCCCAUUAUCUGCGCCGCACGCUCAGCCAGCUGGUCCAGGAGACGGCGGGUACAGACCGGCCCUCCGUGCGGGAGUUCUGGCGCACCUAUACUGUCAUGACCGCUGUAGACAACAUUGCUAAGGCCUGGGCAGAGCUGCAGCCUGCCACCAUGAACAGUGCCUGGAGGAAGCUGUGGCCCGAGUGCGUGCCCGCUGGUGCCCCCGAGCCCAACGCCCUCCCCCAGCUCCGUCACAGCAUUGUGACACUAGCCAGCCACGCAGGCCUCGGGGAUGUGGCUGAGGCCGAUGUUGCCCACCUGCUGCAGGCCCAUGGGGAGCCCUCGUCCCGCAGCAUCCCCCAGGAGGUGGAGGUUGGGGGUGUCAGUGACUCUGGGCUGCCCUGUGAGGCGCGGAAAGGCUUGGCCUCCAGAAGACCAGAGUCAGAUCUCAUGGAGGCCAUGGUGGGUGUGGAGACUGAGGAACCCUGGCCCAGGCCCCUCCCGAGGACCAACGGUUUGGAGACCUGGCAGAGCCGGCCAAGCCCUUCACGGAUGGAGCUCAGGAUGUCCGGAAGCAAGCGUAAAAGCAGCGGUGAUGUAGCGGGUACUGCUAAGAAGCGCCACGCGAUAACGAUGGAAACAAAAGUGAAAAUAAUUGAGAGAGUGGAGCGAGGCGAAAAGAUGGUAGACGUCGCUCAUUCUUACAACCUGAAUCGUUCAACCAUCGGCUCAAUCGUAAAGAACAAGGACAAGAUCAUGGAACAUGUGAAGUCUGCUAUGCCGAUGACGUCCACAAUAAUAACAAAGAAGCGUGGAAAAGUGAUGGAGGAGAUGGAGAAACUUCUCAGUGUGUGGAUGCAGGAUCAGCGUCAGCGUCGAGUCCCACUCAGCUUAAUGCUGAUUCAAGAGAAAGCCAAGAGCCUUUAUGAAGACUUGAAGAAGAAACACGGCGAAGAAUCAGAGGGCAAAUCUUUUAACGCCAGCCGUAGCUGGGUUCACCGGUUCAAGGCUAGAGCCAAACUUCACAAUGUAAAAGUGAGUGACAAGGCAGCGAGUACAGAUACAAUAGCUGCCCGGGAGUUUCCUGAAACGCUUCGAGAAAUUAUCGAUGAAGGCGCGUAUUUACCCGAGCAGGUGUUUAAUGUGGACGAGACAGGACUGUACUGGAAGAGGAUGCCGGACCGAAGUUACAUCAGUAAGGAGGAAAAGUUGAUGCCGGGCUAUAAAGCAUCAAAGGAUAGGCUCACGCUGUUGUUUGGUGGCAACGCUUCUGGUGAUAUGAAGCUGAAGCCUCUGUUAGUUUAUCAUUCGGAGAACCCAAGAGCCCUUAAAAACAUAGCCAAGGGCUCUCUUCCUGUUGUGUGGAAGAGUAACCCCAAAGCCUGGGUUACACAGGCCAUUUUCCAGGACUGGUUUUUCCACCACUUUAUCCCGGAGGUAGAGAAAUACUGCUUGGAGAAGGACGUCCCAUUCAACAUUCUUUUGCUGCUUGACAAUGCUCCGGGCCACCCCCCAUUCAUGGACGACUUUCAUCCCAACGUCAAAGUAGUGCAUCUGCCACUGAAUACUACGGCGCUCAUCCAACCUAUGGACCAGGGAGUUAUAGCGACUUUCAAGAAAUAUUACUUACGUCACACUUUUCGUCAGGCAGUAAAGGCGAGUGACGAAUCAGGAACAACCUUGCGACAAUUUUGGAAGGACUAUAACAUCUACAAGGCCAUAAAAAACAUUGACUUUGCCUGGAGUGAGGUUACGGCCGUCACCAUGAAUGGGGUUUGGAAGAACCUUUGCCCGAAGUUUGUUCACGAUUUUCGUGGAUUUGAGAAGGUGGAUGAGGAGUCCAAAGAGGUCUUCAGCAACUUAGUGACCCUCAGCGAGAAGCUGGAGCUAGAUCUGCAAGAGGACGACUUCAUUGAACUCCUUGCCGUGCAACAUGAGGAGCUCACUAAUGAAGACCUGAUGGAAUUGGAGGCCCAGAGAAAGGAUGAAGAGGGACAGGAGGAAGAAGAAGUAACUGAAGAACCGAAGAGAUUCACGACGCAGGAAAUGGCAAGGGGGUUUUCUUUAUUUGAGGAGGCGCUGUUGGUGUUUGAGGCACAGGACCCGAAUGUAGAACGGUACACGAAGGUUGCAGCAGCCGUUCAGAAUGCAAUCCAGUGCUACCGUGUCAUCUAUGACGAGAAAAAAAGAGCUACUACGCAGACAUCACUGGAUCGUUUUUACAAGAGGGUGGAUAGAAUUAAAUCCAGCAAGGAACCAGAGCCUGUGCCAUCCACGUCAGGCGUGAGUGAAAUUGCAGCUUGCCCUCCGUCUCCUACUGCUGACGAUCCUUCAGCCCUCCCAUCUCCCACCUCCUCUUCCUCCUCCAGUCAGUAACUCUUCCUGCCUGUUCCCUUGAUGCCAGCCCCUGGAUGCCAGCUGUUGUACUGUACUACGGUACUUUUCAAGGUACUGUACUGUAAGAUUAAAAAUGUUUUCUUUA